AUGAAGAACGACUCUCCUGACCCCCCAAAUAUAGACAGCAGACGCUCUGGUGCACCUGGAUCCUCGCAUGGCGCCCGUCGCAGCCCCCAAACUUCCAAUCCUCGAGACGACGCAGCUAGACCCCCAGGCAUAAAUGCCAAUUUCACUCCCAACUUGCCCAGCAAGUCGUCCACUUUUCCCGCUCACCAGCGAGAUACCAGUAACACAGCCUACACCACGGAUCCCUCCGUCAGCAGGAAUCAUGGCGCCGCCGGCUCGCCCCUCGGCUACCCGGACGACGUCACCGACAAAACCAGCCCCCGCACCACCGAGGAUCUCGCCGCAAAGGAAGCUUCGGGGCAGAGGCCUGUCCUAAGCGACGCCGGCAACUCCUCGCAGGAGAAAGGCAACAACACACCCUCCGGUCAGAAGCCGAAGCCCUCCGUCUUCACCCGCUUCUACCUCACCUCCAAGAUGAUUCUUUUCCACAGCUGGGUCAACCUGCUGCUCAUCUUUGUGCCCAUCGGCAUCGUCGUUCAGGCUCUCAACCUCAACCCGGGCCUCGUCUUCGCCAUGAACGCCAUCGCCAUUAUCCCGCUCGCCGGCCUGCUUAGCCACGCCACCGAGUCCGUCGCCAGCAAGCUCGGCGACACCAUCGGCGCUCUCCUGAACGUGACAUUCGGCAAUGCAGUCGAGUUGAUUAUCUUCAUCGCGCUUGUCAAGAACGAAAUUCGAAUUGUUCAGGCUUCCCUUCUUGGAUCCAUCCUGGCCAACCUCCUGCUCAUUCUGGGCAUGUGCUUCUUUCUCGGUGGCCUGCGCUUCCGCGAGCAGAUUUACAACAGCACCGUCACGCAAAUGAGUGCUUGUCUGCUAAGCUUGAGCGUCAUCAGCUUGGUCUUGCCAACGGCUUUCCACGCCUCUUUCCAGAAUAGUUUCAAGGCUGAAGAUCAGACUUUGAAGAUUAGCCGUGGUACUAGUGUGAUCCUCCUUCUGGUGUACAUCUUGUACCUGCUCUUCCAGCUGAGGUCCCAUGCCUACAUGUAUGAGUCUACUCCACAGCACAUUGUCGAUGCCGAGUCCGCGCCAGGCCCGGCCAUCGGCUUCUUCGACUCGUCGAGUUCCGAAGAUACAUCCGAUGAUGACGUGGACUCGGACAGCUCGGACAGCUCUCGCGGCACCGUCCGCAAGACAAUGAGAAAGGUAAUGCGCGCCGGCAGAAGGCGCAAGUCCAGUGUGGCCUCUAUCAACGCCGACGGCCUCUCCAGGACCCGCACCUCUUCUGUCGCCACCUCUAACAGCUCUGAGGGGACCGGUAGCCGUCCUAAUAUACCCCAUCUCAACUCGGGCGGCAGUGAUGAGGUCAUGGAGGAGAGCCCACGUAAACAUCGCAAGCACCGCAGGCGCCACCACAAGCACAAAAAGUCUAAAAAGAGCUCUCGCGGCGCUGCUGACACUGAAGGCCACGAGCCCGUUGCAAGCGGUCAGGUCGGGACCUCGGCGCAGCCCGGUGAACCCGUGCGUUUCGACUUUGCAGACCAGGGCGCCGCGCCUACAGGCGUGGCCACCGAGGCAUCACAAUCGAACCCUCGCGCCAGACCCGUGUCCGGCCUCCGCGGACUAUCCAUCAAGAACUUUGCCCCCGCGGUCUUUGUCGCGCCCCCCGAUCCUUCGACCAUCGCUCCCACGUCUUCUGCAGGACCGGUCCCUCGCGUCCGCCUCGGCAUCCGCCGCACCAACUCUUUGCCCGACCGCCUGAACCAGUACGGCCGUACCGUCCGCGCGCCCGGUGCUAUGGUACCGCCACGCGCUGCCGUGGCCGCGGUCAACAGCGGCCUCGGCUCUGACGACAAGGUCGUCGACGACGAUCACCUAUCCCGCACCGCCGCCAUCCUCCUUUUGCUCUUCUCCACUGGUCUCGUUGCCGUAUGUGCCGAGUUCCUCGUCGGUUCCAUCAAUGAGGUCGUCGAGACCAGUCCCCUCGGCGAAAUCUUCAUCGGUCUUAUCAUCCUACCCAUCGUCGGCAACGCCGCCGAGCACGUCACAGCCGUCACCGUCGCCAUGAAGAACAAGAUGGACCUCGCCAUCGGCGUCGCCGUCGGCAGCUCUAUUCAGAUCGCCCUUUUCAUCACGCCCCUCGUCGUCAUCAUCGGCUGGGCCUUGGACCGCGACAUGUCGCUGUACUUUACCCUCUUCGAGACCGUCUGUCUCUUCGUUUCAGCAUUCAUUGUCAACUUCCUGGUUCUCGACGGAAGGAGUAACUAUCUCGAGGGUGCGUUGUUGUGCGCGACCUACAUCAUCAUCGCCGUAGUGGCCUUCUUUUAUCCCAACUCGAACGAGGCUAGCUCCAUGGGUGCUUAA